AUCACAGAGCAUUUAGCUGAGUUUCCUGUGCUUUAAAGCAGCUUCCCACCAGCUAUCUGUUUUACACAUGAUAGUGUGUAUUUGUCAGUGCUGUUCUUGAUUCAUCCUACACCUUUCUUCCUGGCCUCUGUCCACAAGUCUGUUCUCUAUGUCUGUGUCUCUAUUCCUGCCCUAUAAAUAGGAUCAUCAGUAUCAUUUUUCUAGAUUCUUUAUAAAGCUGCUAAUUCUUUUAACAUUUGAUAAGAUCAGUAUUAUUUUCUAAGAUGGUAAUAUAUUCUGUAAUAAUUGCACAUUCUGUAUCCUGGCAGGAAAUUUAAUUCACAGCCACUGAGGGUAAUUUUUAAAGACACUAUUUCCUCACUUGUUAAGAAGAAAGUGAGGUAGAUAUAUUAGACCCCAUACCCUUUAUCAAAGUAGUUUAUAUUUAGAGCAAUUUUAGGUUCAUAGCAAAUUUAAGUGGGAGGAACAGAGAUUUCUCAUAAAUCCUCUGUUCUCAUAUGCUCCUGCCUUGCCCCAUGUAAGCACAGUCUCCCCCGCUAUCAAAAUCCCUACACCAAAAAGGUAAAUUUGUUACAGUCAGUAACCUACAUUGAUAUAGCAUUACCCCAAGUCCAGAGUUUACAUUAAGGUUCACUCUUGGUGUCUACUGUAUAUUCUGUGGAUUUAGACAAAUGACCUUUCCAGAAAAUCAAGAACUCUUUUAAGAGUUGUAGAGAACUGAAAAUGGGUUUGUCAUUUCGAAAAGAUUAAAGGGGCUAUUUUGAAUGUCCUGAAAAUUAAUUUCAAGAAUUUUAUGUUUUGAAACCUUGGAUAUCUAAACUGGUUUGUUAUGCUUGCAUUUUCAACAAAGGUUAAUUAUUUUUAUAUAUUAAGAACUAAAGAGAUGAGGAAGAAGAAAUACCUCGUAGAAUUAACAACAUGUCAUGUUUUUCAGUCCUAAAACUCAUUAGCUUGACCAUUUCUUCACUGUUCUGAGAAACAUGUUUUAUGUUAACCAAUGAAGGAAGAGGAAAUGGAACAUUUAGAAUAGACAUUUUGGGACUUCCCUGGUAGUCCAAUGGCUAGGACUCUGUCUGGGCUCCCAAGGCAGGGAGCCCAAGAUUGAUCCCUCUUCAGGGAAUUAGAUCCCACAUGCUGCAACAAAGAGUUCAAAUGUUGCCUCCAAAGAUCCCACAUAUUGCAAUUGAGACCCAGCAUAGUCAAAUUAAAAUAAAGUAUCCUUUUUUUUUUUUAAACUGAUGUCAGUAUUCAGGAUAUAACUACACUAAAAUGUGACCCAUUAGGCUUUUUUUUUUUUUUAAUCUGUUUUCUUUGUCUGAAAGGCUUUUGUGGAAGCAUCAAAAUGUAAUAAUGAGCUGGAACUAGACAGUUCUGCGUUAGAAUACCAGCUCUUAAUUUGUUGGCUGUGUGCCCAUGGCAUGUUAUUUUCUGAACCUAUUUCCUUAAAUGUAAAAGGGGGUAAAAUAUUCAUUUUUAUAAUAGUUGAAGUCAUUUUAGAAACUGUAAGGCACUCUCAUUUAUUGAUAUCGUUAGUCACAUGCUGUAUUUUAGAAUGCUGUCAGUUGAUUUUUUUUGUUGAAAACUGCUUAUGUAAGUACUAUGAAACUUUUUUUUAAGGGCUAUACAAGAGGAUUCAUUGUCUGAAUAAUUUAGUUGGUUCUUGUGAGUUAGAGGUAAAAUUAUGGAAGAGGGUCAAAGGGAAGAGAAAAUUUCUACUUUCUCUGGUUCUUAACCUGGAUCUAUGGAUGUACCCAUAAAUGGUCUUCCAAGAUUCUGUGGAUUCUGUGUAUGUUUCUGUUUUUCUGGAGAGAAGACCCACAGCUUUCAACGUAUAUUUAAAAGGAGUUCACUACCCCUUUAAAAAAAAAAUGGAGUGUAAUAGCUUUACAGUGUUGUGUUAGUUUGUUGUACAACGAAGUGAAUCAGGUAUGUGUAUACAUAUAUCUCCUCCCUCUUGGACCUCCCUCCGAGCCCCACCCCUGUCCCAUCCAUCUGGGUCAUUGCCGAGCUUUCUGUGCUGUAUAAUAGCUUCCCACUAGCUAUUGAUACAUGUAGUAUAUAUGUGUCAAUGAUACUCUCUCAAUUCAUCCCACCCUCCUCUCCCCCUCUGUGUGUCCACAUGUCUGUUUCCUAUGUUCUGGAUCUCUAUUCCUGCCCGGCUAAUAAGUUCAUCUGUAUUGGUUUUCUAGGUUCCACAUACAUGUGCUAAUAUACAAUAUUUGUUCUCUGAGUUGUCAGAAUGAGAACACUGUACGACAGACUCUCGGUUCAUCUACAUCUUCACAAAUGACCGAACUUUGUUCCUUUUUAUGACUGAGUAAUAUUCCAUUGUACAUAUGUAUCACAUCUUCAUAUCCAUUCAUAUGUCGAUGGACAUUUAGGUUGCUUCCAUGUCCUGGCUGUUGUAAAUAGUGCUGCAGUGAACACUGGGGUACAUGUGUCUUUUUGAAUGAUGGUUUUGUAAUCUAUUCUGUAAUAAUUGCACAUUCUGUGUCCCAGCAGGAAAUUUAAUUCACAGCCGCUGAGGGUAAUUUUUAAAAACACUAUUUCCUUAUUUGUUAAGAAGAAAGUGAAUAUUAGAUAUAUUAGACCCCACACCCUUUAUCAAAAUACUUUACAUUUAGAGCAAUUUUAGGUUUAUAACAAAUUAAGUAGGGGAACAGAGAUUUCAUGUACCUUCUGCCCUCAUAUGUCCCCUGCUUUGCCCCAUGUAUGCACAGUCUCCCCCACUAUCAAAAUCCCCACACCAAAAAGGUACAUUUGUUACAAUCAGUGAACCUACAGUGAUAUACCAUUACCCAAAGUCUAGAGUUGUACAUUAAGGUUCACUCUUGGUCUGUUGUAUAUUCUGUGGAUUUAGACAAAUGACCCCUUUUAAGAGUUAUAGAGCACUGAAAAUGGGUUUGUCAUUUUGAAAAGAUUAAAGGGACUAUUUUGAAUGUUGGAAUUCUCCAGGCAAGAAUACUGGCGUGGGUUGCCAUUUCCUUCUCCAGAGGAUCUUCCCAACCCAGGAAUCAAACCUGAGUCUCCGCAUUGCAGGCAGGCUCUUUACUGUCUGACCCACUGUGGAAGCCCAAAACUUAAUUUCAGAUGGCUUUUGUGUAUUAAAACAUCAGAUAUUUGAACUGGUUUCUUAUAUUUGAAUUUUCAACAAAGGUUAAUUAUUUUUAUAUAUUGAGAACUAAAGAGAUGAGGGAGAAGAAAUGCCUCUUAGAAUAACAAAAUGCCCUAUUUUUCCAUCCUAAAACUCGUUAGCUUGACCAUUUCUUCACUUUUCUGAGAAAUAUGUUUUGUGCUAACCAGUUAAGGAAGAAGAAAUGGAACAUUUAAAAUACACAUUUUUUUUUAAACUGAUGUCAAUAUUCAAGACAUAACCAUAUAAAAUGUGACUCAUUAGGCUUUUUUUUUUUUAAUUAUUUGUCUGAAGGGCUCUUGUGGAAGCAUCAGGAUAUGAUAAUGUAUUGAACUCAGUUCUAAAACUAGACAACUCUGGUUUAGAAUAUUAGCUUUUCACUUUUGGCUGUGUGAACCAAAAAUGGUCUUCCAAGAAUCUGAAUUCUGUGUGUAUUUGUGUUUUUUUCUGGGGAGAGGACCCACAGCUUUCAACAUGUUUAAAAGGAGUUCACAACCUUUUUUAACUGAACCAUUUAGAUAACAACCAUUAACUUCAGUUAUCUAAGGAGGUUUCUGUACUAGAUUUGUUGCAUAUUGUUUUCAAAAUUAGUGUUUUUGAGAAAAAGUGAACAGAAUUUUGUGUGUGUAUGUGUAUACACAUAAUUUUUGAAGUACCAUGAAUGCCUGUUUUUCUUCUAGAACUGGAGGUUGAUUUUUUUAUGUAAUAUGUUGAUAGCAGUAAAAGUGCUGCUGCUUACACCUGGAGUACAUACCACUGAUUGAUCCUUUAUUGUUAGUUAAUUUGCACACUUCCCCCCACCCCUCUAGUAUUGAUGGGCAGAAGAUUGCAUGGCGAAGAAUGGCACCCUAGUGCAAUUCAGCACAUUGGAAUGAUAUUUUGAAAUGUUAAAAGAUAACUUGGUUUAUCCUAAAAUCUGGAUUUUUUUUUCUUGUCUCAACAAAAUACUAAAAUGCUAAUGAAAAUUAAGUAUUUUUUCUUCUAAGCUAGGUGGUGAUACUUACAUUGUGUAUUUCUGGUGUGAUAUUUCUUAUAUAACACAGAGUAUGAAGUUAUAUUGAAUCUGAAUUGAUGAUCAUUUUAAGGUUUACCACUGCUAGUUUGGAAAGAAUAUGAAAUUUAUAAUCAGCUUAUGUAGAUUAGAUUGUGAUUUGUGAUUUUAAUUAUGACAUUUAAAAUUGAUCUUAUUUGCAUUUUGUGAAUUUCAGAAGUAUGUUAGAGUUCUAAGAUUGAGUUCAUUAUUGUAACAGAGUUUGGAAGUAAGCUACAUCAAACUGCCCUAUUUUCUUUGUUAGUGAUAGGUUGCUGAACUAUAAGACUUUACAGUGUGAAGCCAACUUCUGUUUCUGGGUCAAUUACCGGUAGCAGUCACAAGGUCUAAAGAGUAUGAGGUGGAUCAAGUGAUGGUAUACCAACUUAUGAAUGAAUCUAUUCAGUGGAGUAAUGUGUUUUUGUCUUUUUUUUUGAGUUUCUUCUUUUUUCUUUGAUAUUGGUAUUUUCAUUUGAUACUGAAUGCUUUUCAUAGUUCAAGGUUUUAAGUAAAUAGUUGGGGACUAAUUAGUCUAUAAAUUAGUAGCAGAAUUGUGUUCAACUCUCUAGACUUGCACUUUUUAUAAAAUCUGAGAGGUCUAUAUAGAUUUCAAAGAUCAAUUAGAGAUGAAUGUCAGCAUUUGCAUAGUACCGCAUAUAUAUACUUGUCACUAUGCUGCAUCUUUUGUUAUUUUAUUGCAGAGGAUUGCUUAUUUCUUUAAUAAUGAAUGUGAGUUUAAUUAAUUAGAAAUGGAAAACAGAAGAGUCAUUUUAGCAAAAAUUUUACCUGUGGAAAUACUGUCAUAUUAAAAAGAUCAGUGUUUUUAUAAAGGAAAAGAAUCUGAAAAAGAAAACCGUGUGUAACUGAGUCACUUUGGUCUUCAGCUGAAACACAACAUUGUAAAUUCACUAUACUUCAAAUGAAAAAGCAAACUGGACAAUGGCAUUUGAGUAGGUUUUGAGAAAUGUCUGAAGUUUAGUGGACUGCAUCUACCUUCUGCCUUCUCCCCAUCCUUUACAAAAGAAUAGAUGGGAUGUUUCAGAAGAGAGCUGUUUUAAAAGAAGAGUGUUGCAAAUGGCUUCAGAAGCUGUGAAUGCAAAACAGGCUAGGAAUCGCUUCACAAAGGGGAAAAGACAACAGCAAAUAAAGAACAGAUCUUCACUUGGUGAUGGUGAUGCAGAAGACUCCUUUCUCUUUGAAGCAAAUGAAGCUUGGAAAGAUUUUCAUGGUUCUCUUCUUCAGUUUUAUGAAAAUGGAGAACUCUGUGAUGUCACACUGAAGGUUGGCUCAAAGCUAAUCUCCUGUCACAAGCUGGCCUUGGCUUGUGUUAUUCCCUACUUCAAAGCCAUGUUUCUCUCUGAAAUGGCUGAAGCCAAGCAAACACUGAUUGAAAUAAGAGAUUUUGAUGGUGAUGCAAUAGAAGACUUGGUAAAGUUUGUCUAUUCUUCACGGCUCACUUUGACAGUUGACAAUGUCCAGCCUCUCUUAUAUGCAGCCUGUAUUCUACAGGUUGAACUGGUGGCUAGAGCUUGUUGUGAAUAUAUGAAGUUACAUUUUCAUCCCUCCAACUGUCUGGCGGUAAGAGCCUUUGCAGAAAGUCACAAUCGAAUAGACUUAAUGGACAUGGCGGAUCAGUAUGCCUGUGAGCAUUUUACUGAAGUGGUGGAAUGUGAAGACUUCGUAAGUGUGUCGCCUCAGCAUCUCCAUAAGCUUUUGUCCUCCAGUGACCUAAACAUUGAGAAUGAAAAGCAGGUCUAUAGUGCUGCCAUCAAGUGGCUUCUUGCCAAUCCUCAGCAUCAUCCCAAGUGGUUGGAUGAAACACUUGCACAGGUUCGUUUGCCGCUGUUGCCAGUUGACUUUCUCAUGGGUGUUGUGGCAAAAGAACAGAUUGUCAAACAAAAUCUAAAAUGUAGAGAUUUAUUAGAUGAAGCAAGAAAUUACCACCUUCACUUGAGUAGCAGAGCAGUACCUGACUUCGAAUACUCCAUUCGGACUACCCCAAGGAAACAUACUGCUGGUGUGCUGUUUUGUGUAGGUGGUCGAGGUGGAUCAGGUGACCCCUUCCGCAGUAUUGAAUGCUAUUCUAUCAACAAAAACAGUUGGUUCUUUGGACCAGAAAUGAACAGUCGAAGGCGACAUGUGGGUGUAAUCUCAGUGGAAGGUAAAGUGUAUGCAGUGGGUGGACAUGAUGGCAAUGAACAUUUAGGUAGCAUGGAGAUGUUUGAUCCUCUCACUAAUAAAUGGAUGAUGAAGGCAUCAAUGAACACAAAGAGGCGAGGAAUUGCCCUGGCUUCCUUGGGAGGCCCAAUUUAUGCCAUUGGAGGGUUAGAUGACAACACUUGCUUCAAUGAUGUGGAGAGAUAUGACAUAGAAUCUGAUCAGUGGAGUACAGUGGCACCAAUGAAUACUCCCCGUGGAGGCGUUGGCUCCGUGGCUCUCGUGAACCAUGUUUAUGCAGUAGGUGGCAAUGAUGGAGUAGCUUCUCUGUCUAGUGUGGAGAGGUAUGAUCCACAUCUCGAUAAGUGGAUAGAAGUUAAAGAGAUGGGUCAGCGAAGAGCAGGCAAUGGAGUUAGUGAGCUCCAUGGUUGCUUAUACGUUGUUGGUGGUUUUGAUGAUAAUUCUCCUCUGAGUUCUGUUGAACGGUAUGACCCUCGAAGCAACAAAUGGGAUUACGUAGCAGCCCUUACCACUCCCAGGGGUGGAGUGGGGAUCGCAACAGUGAUGGGCAAAAUCUUUGCAGUUGGUGGCCAUAAUGGAAAUGCAUAUCUAAAUACAGUGGAAGCAUUUGAUCCAGUGCUGAAUAGGUGGGAGCUUGUUGGAUCUGUGUCUCACUGCAGAGCUGGAGCAGGUGUAGCUGUGUGUGCCUGUUUAACUAGCCAAAUCCGAGAUGUAGGUCACGGAUCCAGCAAUGUGGUUGACUGUAUGUGACUUGAGUUCCAGUCACCAACAGUUUAGUCUUAUCUGAUAGGCAAGAAAGACAAGGAGGAUUUUGUGAUGGCCACCUUUGAGCAGUUUUAACUAUUACUAGAGUGUCAUGUAAAUGUAAACUGUUGUAUGUGACUGAGUGCAACUUUUGGAAUGGUAGCUGAAGAAUUACUAGUAAUAAAGUUAAUAUUUCCCACUUUAACAAAUAAUGAAGUAGGGAAAGAAGACAGUCUAAGCUGAAACCUCCUCCAAAAAAAAAAAAGAAACGUUUAACAGUGGAGUGCCAGAACCUUGAAAUUAACUUUUUUUUUUAAAGUGUGGAUGAAUGAAAAUGCAAAAUGAAGUCACUUGCUGAGCUUUACCUUUUGCCUAAAGGCGUUAACCUUAGGCAUUGGAUUUUCCCUGUGGGGAGAUAAGAACCUGUUCAUCAACUCAGAGAUAUCAGGAGUCCUAACAGACCUGCUCCAUUUGAAGAUCAUUUCUCCUUGGUGCUGAUGAAUUUAUGCCUUGCUUUCUUCUAGGUGUUGAUUUGUCAAUUCCUUGGAUAUUUACAGAAGUAGGAAAAAUGUUUCAUCUUUCUGAGUGUCCCUGGGCUGUGUUUUCAGAAGCCUAUAGGCUUAUAGGCUUCAUUUCAGUUUGAAUUGUUAGGACACCAAAAGAUCUAAAUGAACAAUUCCAUCUGAAUGAAUCUACACUUAUUUUUUCAUGUGAAAGGGGUUUUGUUUCAUAGUAAUAAAAAAUGGAAUCACAUGAGAUUAUUAGAGGAGAAGGCUUUAGAGUCAGCAUUAUUCUAGUGCCCAUUUGAGAGACCUUGAUUGAAUGGGAGUGGUGUCCAUUAUGUGACUCCCUAAUGAUGCAGCUCCGAGAAUGUUUAACACUCUUUGGUUUAAUUAUUUCAUUCUGAAUCUGAGAUUUAUUAUCUUUCUAUUUUGCUGUUUGCCACCAUCAUAGUUUUUCUAACUGUACAGAAUCUGGAUUUAUUUAUUAUGAGAAAUUCAUUUCUACAAAAGCCCUUUACAGACUUUACUUGAACUGUUGAUUAGUUCAUAUCCAUCUUUACCAAUAAAAGAUAUUGUAAAAGCAAAGAAAGAUAAAACUUUUUUUCUCCUGUUAUAUUUCUCUCCAGUGUACUUACUGAAUUUUAAUUGAAAAUAUUUCUUUACAUUGCUUUGAAGGCAGGCUGUUUAUACACUUGUUGAUCUAACAGCUCUUCAUGGUUUUACCAGCAUUAUAGAGUGACUUAUUCAUUAUAUGUAUAUAUUUUUAUAAAUAUUUAUGAAGAAUAUUAAAUUAUUCUAUUUUGUA